AUGCCCCAUAUCUUUUUAUAUCUAGUGCCUUGCAUUUUAUGCAGAGGGAACGGAAUUAACCAAAUUUUUGCCGUGCUCAAGAGCCAUUCGAAAAAAGUCAACCAGAGAAAGGAAGAGGUGAAAGUAAUUUCACCACUUGUAGUUCCACGUUCUAGCUGCCUUAACACAUCACUAACAAUGACGGUCAGUGGGAAAUACCCAGCCAAAGCUCAUGCUUUGAACGUUUACAAUCAUUUUAAAACGCACUCCAAAAUCACAUCGCCUGUUGGAUUUUUCUUAUCAGGUGAGAGCUAUGAGUUCUGGGAGUACAGUGAUCAAACUAAACCAAUUAGACAGAAUAGAUACUUCUUCUACCUUUCAGGAGUAUCUAUUCCAGGGUCACAUGUCUUCUAUGAUUCUGAAAGCGACUCGUUAACAUUAUUCUUGCCUGAAGUAGAUGAGGAAGAUGUCAUGUGGUCUGGUUUACCCUUAUCCGUUGAAGAAGCCAAGUCAAAGUACAAUGUCGACCAUGUCAAGUAUAGUGACAAAAUUGAAAAGGAAUUGAGCAGCUUUAAAGGUAAGAAGAUCUACACCACCAGCUUGAACAAAAAUAACGAGAAAUAUAGCUCCCUUUUGACUGCUGAUGAUAAGUCGUUCUUCUAUGCGCUUGACGAGUCAAGAUUGAUUAAGGAUUCCUAUGAAAUUGAAUUGAUGCGUAAGGCAGCCAAAUUGACCGAUAAUUGUCACUUGGCAGUUAUGCUGGCAUUGCCUAUUGAACACAAUGAGUCUCAUAUUCACGCUGAGUUCAUGUAUCAUGCCUUGAGACAAGGCUCUAAGUACCAGUCUUACGAUCCUAUUUGUUGUUCGGGAGAGAACUGUUCCACUUUGCACUAUGUUAAGAAUGACGAAGAUAUCGCUCCUACGAGGAGAUCUGUCUUAAUUGAUGCAGGGUGCGAAUGGGAAUGCUAUGCUAGUGACGUUACCAGAUGUUUCCCGAUCAACGGUGAAUGGACUAAGGAACAUUUGGAAAUCUAUAAGCUCGUCUUAAAGAUGCAACUGAGUGCCAGCGAAACGGCCAAGCCUGGCGCAUUGUGGGAAGAUUUACACUUACACGCUCACAAGGUUUUAAUCGAAGGUUUCUUGGAAUUGGGAAUUUUUAAGAGCGAAUACACAGUAGAAGAGUUAUUCAAGGCUAAAGUAUCUGCCAGAUUCUUCCCCCAUGGAUUGGGUCACUUGUUAGGAAUGGACACUCACGAUGUAGGUGGCUACCCUAAGUACGACGAUCCAGAUCCAUUGUUACAAUACUUAAGAAUGCGUAGAACAUUACAGGCAGGUAUGGUGAUCACCAACGAGCCUGGAUGUUACUUCAAUCCGUUUUUACUUGACGAAGUAUUGAAUGGAGAAUUGAUUAAAUAUAUCAAUAAGGACGUUUUAGAUAAGUAUUGGUACAUUGGAGGAGUUAGAAUUGAAGAUGAUCUUUUGAUUACUGAAGAUGGGUAUGAAAAUCUUACGGGAAUCACCUCAGAUCCAGAGGAAAUUUCAAAGAUUAUUAAGAAGGGUUUAGAAAGAGCAGCAGCCGACGGGUUUCAUAAUGUGGUAUAG